AUGGCUGUUGGUGCGUCGAGAUCGGAGCUUCUGGAGUGGAUCAACACCACAUACCAGCUAAACUACACAAAGAUCGAGCAGUGUGGCAAUGGGGCCCUUUACUGCCAGGUUUUCGACUCCAUUUUCGGAGACUUACCGAUGGGAAAGGUCAACUUCAAUCCCACCUCCGACUACCAAACCCUCACAAACUACAAGAUCCUUCAGAGCGGGUUUUCGAGACACAGGAUCUCCCGUGAGGUUCCUGUUGAGAAACUCAUGAAAUGCAGACUCCAGGACAAUUUGGAGUUUCUGCAAUGGAUGAGUCGAUUAUGGUCAGAGAACAAACUAGACGACUACGAUGCCACGUCCCGCAGAAAAGCGGUGGUGAGUUCUGCCGGGUCCGUCACCACGUCUGCUGGGCGCAGGGUGUUUUCGAACUCGUCUUUGAAUGGAACAACUCCUGGUAGCAGAAAGACGUCUCUUACUGGAGUGACACCAAAGGCCAAGGAUCCUCUGCAUCCAAAGCCCACGUUGAGUUAUUCUGGAACACGAGUGUCGUCUGGACUGCAACAGGAGGUGAAGGUUGCCAAGGCAGAGCUCGAGGAGAUGAAAAUGGUACAACAGAGUCUCGAAACAGAGAGAAACUUCUACUUCAACAAGCUCCGGGACAUUGAGAUUCUCACGCAGAACAUCAACGGUAAGCUGCAAAACUCGGAGCAACUUGAGGUUUCUGUGGACCAGUUGGUGGCAGAUAUCCAGGAAAUUCUAUAUAGCACCACCGAGGGAUUCCAGAUCCCAACGGAAGAUCCUCCUUUGGAGACCCCAUUGGACUCCGGCAAGGAGAACGAUGUGAAGAUGGUCGACGAGGAGACCUUUUGA